GGUUGGACCGUUUUGGCCGGUUCUGCUGGGCAAGGGGAAGAAGAAGAAGAGGGAGACGGAGGGGAUGAUGCUGGAGGUGGCCAAGAACUUGCGGCCGGUUCCGCCAUGGAGAAUUUCCUGGGCGUUAGCAACCUCAUCUCGGUGGCAUUUUUGCUCCUCGGCAUUGCCUCAGCAAUCGCUGCUCUUGUGUUCUUGGCCCCUACCAGGGAUUUUGUCUCCUGGAUGAGGUCGCGGCUUGCCGGCUGGACUGUUCCUCCCCCGGGGCGGCUCUUGCGUGUCCUUGCCAGACCGGCUGGCCUUGCAAUCUCAUUUGCCAGAGGAAUUUACAGGUGGUGGCGGCAGGCAUGAUCAUUGAGAGGGCAGCCAGCGGAACACUUUUAGAUACAUAUUGCAUUGAGCAGGAAGUAAGACAUGGCCGGUUUUCUUUCUCCGCGGGUCGUUUAUCUGUUAGGAUUCCAC